AUGGUGCUGGCGCGGCUACUCCGCUGCGAGCUCUGCGCUGACCUUCGCGGCUUCCUUGCCUACCACAUGCCGGGAGAGCCUGGCUCCCACCCCGCCGAGACAACGGCGGACACUGCUUGGUGGGUUGCGGCGGACGAAGUGGUGCGAUGCUUCGCAAUGGGCGGCGAGGCCGAAAUCGGGGCUAGCGAACCAGGCGGGCCGGUCGCUGGUGCGUGGGCAAUCUACACGCCCAAGGCGGACGCAGAAAUCAUAACGGACAUCUCCGAGUAUGGCCCCCAGGUUAGCAAUGAUUUCAUGGCCUCCCUCGUCAGCGCUGAGAUGAUGUUGGAACUUGCGGAGCUGGAGAAAGCUCACAGCGUUGCUGCCAAGAACUUCUUGAGCCUGCAGGUCAAGCCAAAUAGGACAUUGAUGGCAAAGGUCGACAUUCCCAAGGGCAAGUUAGUGCUCGUACCUUGCACAUCAAAGAUCGUAUCCAAGCAGGCGCAAGGCUCCUUCGAAGUGCUAGACCACGGAUGGGGCAUGGAUUCCAGGAAGUUUGUGCCUGCAAACCCCUGUGUGUUGCCCAAGGACGAAGAGAAAAGCCAAAACAAAGCCCUGCUGGUUCCUUUCUUCUUUCUGCAGUCUACGGAUGUGAUAGAACAUGCAAACAUGGAACUUCAGCGCGUGAAGGCCAAGAGCAAAUCCUUCAGCUUCCCCGUGCACAAGAACACCGGAAAGAUUGCAGCCAUCGACCAGCUCCUCUAUUACAAGUCCAAGAGCAAGACCAUUCCUGCUUUGGACAUGUCCCCAGCAAAGCGCAAAGCAACUCCUAAGAAGAAGGCUAAGAAGUGGGCAUGGCACACGCAGCAGCGCAUAGACGUAUCUCACUCAGGUUUCCUCAUGCCGCUGCGAGUGGAGACCCGGAUGGUCGUUCUCCAUGACGAGGAGUCCAAGGAGACUUGGGUUCCGCCCCAGAAGAUUGUGGAGGGCAAGACCUUCUCCAAUUUCACGAAGAAGUGGUCCCCAACGUUCGUGAAGGUGCUCACAGGCAGACGCCUCGAUUUGCGCCGGGGCAAGGGUGACUCAUCCGGAUCCAUAGAUGCGCCGAUCAUUGCGGAGAUCACGCAGAAGAGGCAAACAGCAGCUGAUGAGGCUGUGCAACGGGCAAUGGAUGUGGAGGACGACGUGGAGAUUGCCUCGAAACGCAAGAAGAAGAAAACCAAGGUUCGGGCCGCAGCCAAGCAUGCUCACUUGGCACCUCCAAUUUUGGAGAUAAAUGUUCAAGAUCGGCGUCUCACGGUUCUUUUCGAGGGUCUGGGCACUGCUUCCAUCUGGCUGGAGAUGCAGGAAGAGUCGUUGCAGCGGCUGCAAGAGGCAGUCGCACGCUCAUCGCCCAAGUCCAGGAAGGCGAUCCAAGCCAAGCGCCGGCCUGCGGAUGGCAUGGACGAGGACCGGUCGGAAGAUGAAUGA